GGUACUCUUUGUGGAACAGUGAUAAGAGGAGGGUUGGUCCAGGCCAGCGAACGGUACUGUCGGGCGAACAACCCCAAGACGCCGGGGUAUGAUGUUGAGAAGCCGUCGUCAUGGCUCGUCUACCAGGAUUGCAACAACUUGUACGGGUACGCCAUGGGGGAAUACAUGCCCCACGGAGGGUUCAAGUGGUAUGAUGGUGAUUUAGAUCGCUCUCUAGAGCUGCUGGACGUUAUGACUGAUAAAUCCAACGUUGGGCGUAUCUACGAGGUUGAUAUCGCUUACCCCGACAACCUACAUGACAAGCACAACGAUCUCCCCUUCUUACCUCAGAAUACCGUACCCCCAGGCUCAAAAGUGAAUAAACUAAUGGCCACGUUGGAAAGGAAAGAACGGUAUAUAGUUCACUAUAGGAAUUUAAAGCAGGCCAUUGCUAAUGGAUUGAUAGUGGGAAAAGUUCACAGGGUGUUGGAAUUUCAACAGUCUGCGUGGUUGGCCGAUUAUAUAAAUCUAAACACCGAGAUGAGGAAAAAGGCCAGCAACGAAUUUGAACUCGGUUUCAUACCCACGUCGAAUGCGUAAGCUAAUUAAUAAAC